AUGCCUACGAAACCAAGUCAAAAAAUUCAAGGUCCAAGUCUUUAUAAAUCGUUUGUUGAAGCGUAUAUGAAAGCUCGACCUGAUGAAAAACGAAGUGUAAAACAUCAUAAUGCUCAAGUUGAAUGGAAUGAAAUAAGAUGGAAUGAAGAAUAUGUUAAAGAAAAAAUCGAAGAAUAUUUAGAAACAUAUAAUGAACUUAUUGCAUCUUCUAAUCAAGGUCUUGAACAUCAACCAUCAUCUAUUUCUUCAAACCAACCAAAUGCUAAUCGUAAUCGGCGAGUAAAAAGAAACAAACUAGAUCAAUCAAAUGAAACAACAAAUCAAGAUAAUAAUGAAAAUAAAAAUGAUGACGAACAAUCGAAUGGUUCCGAUGAUGUUGAUGAUGACGAAGAUGAUCAAGAUGAUGAUGAGGACGAUGAUGAAAAUCAAGAAAAAAAGAAAAAGAAAAAAAAGAAAAAAAAUUAUAAUAUUAAAAAACGUAAACUAGGUCAUGAAGAAUCGAUUGAAGAUCCACGAGCAUUAUCAUCUGUAGGUAAUGUUCUGUUUGAACCAUUACCUAAAGAUAAAAGACAACCGGCACAAGAACGAGCCUAUAAAGAAUUAAGUGCAAUUAAUGACCGAAUUGCUUCAUUAAUACAGGUUAAACAAAUGGGUUUAUUAACAGCAGAAAAUAGAAAACAAUUAAGACAAUUAAUGAAAGAGAGAAAAACAAAAACUUAUGCAAUAAGACGUCUUCAAUCGAGACAAAGAGCUUCAACUCGAUAUAGAACUAAACGAAGAAAAAUUGUUGAACAUUUAUUUGAAACAAAACCUGAACUACAUCCACAAUUAAAAAAAAUUUAUCGUCCUGGUGGUGGUCGACCACGAAUUGAAGAACAAUGUCCUGAUUUAUUACAAAUAAUUGAAGAAAUUGCAAAAGUUGGUGGAGCAAGUGAUGAUCGAAGACGAUCAGAAACUAUUCGACCUUGUUUAACAUUAGAUGAUUUAAGAGAAAAAAUUAGACAAAGAGGUUAUGAUAUUAAAAGAACAACACUUUAUUAUCGGCUCCUACCUCAUCGUGCAUCAUCAAGAGAUGGUCGUCGUCAUAUUAAUACUGCUCCAGUUCGUCUUCGUCGUGCUCAAAAUGAUGAUCAUGGAAAACAUGAAGAUGGUCAUUUUGCUACAGCAACAAUACAUUANUGA